AAAACGGAUCAAAUCGUGUUUGGUAAAAAAAAAAAAAAAGGCAGACUAUUAUUUCUGCCUGCUCUGUCUUCAAUUCCAGAAACAUUGUGGAUCCACCCCCUCUCUUCAAAAUAUACUCUCUCGCCAUCUCACAGGGUUAGGGCUUGAGCAAGCAAAGUAAAUUAAACAAGAUGCAGCAGCCACCGCAAAUGAUUCCUGUCAUUUCUCCAUUUCCACCAACAAACAUCACCACUGAGCAGAUCCAAAAGUACCUUGACGAAAACAAAAAGUUGAUUUUGGCUAUAUUGGACAACCAAAACCUUGGAAAACUUGCUGAAUGUGCCCAGUAUCAAGCCCAGCUGCAGAAGAAUUUGAUGUAUUUGGCUGCAAUUGCUGAUGCCCAACCACAGGCACCAGCAAUGCCUCCCCAGAUGGCCCCGCAUCCUGCAAUGCAACAAGGGGCAUAUUACAUGCAACAUCCUCAGGCAGCAGCAAUGGCUCAGCAGCCAGGUGUUUUCCCCCAAAAGAUGCUAUUACAAUUCAAUGCUGGACAUCAAAUGCAGGAUCCUCAGCAGUUACACCAACAAGCCAUGCAAGGGCAAAUAGGAAUUAGACCUAUAGGGGCUAACAAUGGCAUGCAUCCCAUGCACGCUGAGAUUGCUCUUGGAAGCAGUGGCCCUUCAGCAAGUGCUGGCACAAAUGAUGUACGUGGGGGAAGCAAACAGGAUGCCUCUGAGGCUGGCACAACCGGUGCUGAUGGCCUAGGGGGCUCUGCUGCUGGGCAUAAUGGUGCUGACGGUUCCGAGGAUGCAAAAUGAUGUGGCUUCUUGAGGGACUCUGUGUUUAAUCCCUUUCGUUGUUGAUAGUAGGCACCCCUUAUUGCAGAACUGGUGUUGUUCUGAUGAUCUAUGUUAGGUUGAGCAAAGAGUUGACUUUAUAUGUUUCACAUUAGUGUUGAAAAGUUAGGUAGGUAAGUCAUAAGGUCUUAGUAUGCCAACGAAUCAAAAUCAAACCAGGUGUGAGACAGAGGACGUUGUAGCUUGUGUUCUCUAGCUGUAUGUCUGUUUUUGUAACAACUUGAAGAUGAUGCUUGGUAUUGUAGAAUUUUGGUCUCAAGAAGUCGUCCUUUUUGUGUUA